GUCUAUAGACAGGCGAUCUUUCAUUGGCUCUUGGCUAAUGUCAGGGGUGUGUGUGAUUGGAUGGAGCAGUGUAGUAAGCUCAGUGUUGAUUGGGUCGGGCCGCUGUCGGCUCUACAGUAGCUUUUGUGAGCUGAGCGAAGAAAGACAGUGGUGUUCAGAAUGGACGGACAUGAAGGGGAUUUUGUAAUUAACAAAAAGUUUGUAACUGAAUCGGAAAUAGAGGAAAAACGAAAGAAGAGGCAGGAAGAAUGGGAAAAAGUGCGGAAGCCAGAUGACCCAGAAGAGUGUCCAGAGGAAGUAUAUGACCCAAGAUCUUUAUAUGAGAAGCUUCAGGAACAGAAAGAAAAGAAACAACAGGAAUAUGAAGAACAGUUUAAAUUCAAAAAUAUGGUCCGUGGUCUUGAUGAAGAUGAAACACACUUUCUUGAUGAAGUUUCAAGAAAACAGGAGUUGCUGGAGAAGCAAAGGAGGGAGGAAGAAAAGAAAGAGUUGAAUGAAUUCAGAAAUGCCCGGAACAUAGCUGCCACAUCCACAGAGCAUAAGAAGACUGAUUCUGACAAGAAGCCAUUGACAAAGCUCCCUGAAAACAAAAAUAAGUUUUCUCAGUCCAAAUUGCUGGCAGGGGCAGUUCGGCACAAGAGUAAUUCUGAAAGCUCCAGUGCAAAGAAAUUAAAACUUGAACAGGAACACGAUAAGUUGAAAGAAAGUCAUUCUAGCUCUGUCGGAAGCUCUUCUCUCACCGGUUCCCGAGUUCAUUGUCCUUCAGCCUCCAUUUGUAUUGGAAUCUUACCGGGUCUAGGAGCCUAUUCAGGAAGUAGUGACUCAGAGUCCAGCUCAGACAGUGAAGCCACAAUAAACAACAUGGGAAAGAUAGUCUCUUCCGUAUUUCGCUCAGGCACUUACCUUGAUGCACCUUAAAGUGCAUCCAUAAAUCAGGAAAAAAAUGAUCUCCGUAAGCCCAGCAGUGGAAGCAUCCACUUACAUGUAGAACAUGGACACAGUCGGGGCACAUAAACUGCAGAGUGCCCAGACCUCAUAUCCUUUUACUACCCAUGAUAACAUCUUUCUUUUGUGCAGUGCGUUUUUAAGCUUAAGAGCUUAUUGAAGCAAUUAAACUUGGUAAACCAA